AUGACACUGAUUUACAAACAACAGGACUUGACUCCUGCCCAGAUUAAGCUUAUCAAAGACACGGUGCCCAUCUUGGAGUCAGCGGGCGAAACCUUGACUGCCAAGUUCUACCAGCGUAUGAUUGGCGGCUACGAUGAAGUCAAGCCCUUUUUCAACGAAACCGACCAGAAAUUGUUGCGACAACCCAAGAUUUUGGCGUUUUCCUUGUUGCAGUAUGCUAAAAACAUUGAAGACUUGACGCCAUUGUUGGGAUUUGUAGCUCAGAUUGUCUCCAAACACGUUGGAUUGCAAGUUAAAGCCGAGCACUACCCCAUUGUUGGCGGAUGUUUAAUUGAAACCAUGAAGGAGUUGUUGCCCAAGGAAGUGGCCACGCCGGAGUUUAUCGAGGCUUGGAGCACUGCUUACGGCAACUUGGCUGCCAUCUUGAUUGAUUUGGAAGCUAAGGAGUAUGAGAAGGAGCCAUGGAACGGUUUUAAGGACUUCAAAGUCACCAAGAUUGAAGACGAGUGCGAGGAAGUCAAGAGCGUCUAUUUUGCACCCGUUGAUGGCAAGUUGGGCGCUGUGUUGCCGGGACAGUAUGUGUGCAUUCGAUGGUCAUUGCCCGGUGCCAAAUUUGAGAAAUCGCGAGAAUACUCCAUAUCGCAGACUCCGCAAGACAACAGCUAUCGUAUUUCGGUGAGAAAAUUGCCCGAUGGCCAAAUUAGCGGCUACGUCCACCAACAAUUGAAAGUCGGUGAUAUUUUAAAAGUUGCUCCUCCCAAUGGUAACUUCUACUACCAAAAGAGCGAUGCAAAGGAAUUGACGUUGUUGUGUGGUGGUAUCGGUAUUACUCCCUUGAUUUCAAUAAUUGAAACUGCCGUGUCCCAAGUAGACAAGAUUAACUUGUUGUACUCGAACAGGACUAGUGAAUCAAGAGCAUUUGGUCCCUGGUUGGAGCAAGUCAGCAAAGCCAACCCUGGCAAGUUGAACAUUGUCGAAUAUUUCGAUCAGAGUUGUAAAAAGGGUAUUGCUGGCGCACAAGUUGUCAACAGAGCUUUACAGUUGAGCGAUGUGGACAGCGUUGUUGGUUCGGGCCAAGAUGUCUACUUGUUGGGUCCUAGACCUUAUAUGAAGUUUAUCAAGGACCACUUGGACAGCAAGAAUGUUACUGUCAAGUUUGAAUACUUUGGUCCUUGGGAUGUCUAA